UUUGACAGACCAUGUUAAUAUGACAGAGAUGAAAAAUCACUUUUCCAUAUUGAUGUUUGUUUUUUGGUAUUCUGAACAUGUGAAAACAUAUUUACCUUUUGAAACCUGUUGGUGAGAAAAAUGUGACUUAUUCCAACAACUUGUGCAUCACAUCUCUGUCAUGUUUUCUGGACUUGUGUGUACUUUUUAUUUAUAAGUGUAGUGAUGUAUUUAUUUGCUUUGUGAUAAUGCCAGGCAAUACAUUGUAAAUGGGUCUUGAUAGCAGACUGUUUUAUACAGCUAGUCCUUAACACUUGCAGUGUUGGCUUUUAACUCACCUCUUACCACUGUCUGUUUAUAUUCACUCUCCUUAUUCAUAUUUAACACACACACACUCAACGAAUCAUUUGAAAGUACAUGCUCUGUACAAUUCAAACAUAUUAUUUGAAAAACUUAUCCAUUUUUGAUGAUUUUCUUAUCAACUCAGGAACCCGUCCAUAGAUAUGUAUACUCUAGAAUACCAAACGCAGAAGAGGAACCCUUGUCAUCUCAGUCAGUAAACAAUGUUGAUAAUCUGCCUCAGGAGCAUGCUGAACACGAACCCAUUUCUUUGCUGGGGGCCUUGAAAGUACCUGGUGUAGUAGAAUUUUCUCUGUGUUUGUUUUUUGCCAAACUGGUCAGUUACACCUUCCUGUUCUGGCUACCAAAAUACAUCAAAGCUACCACUUCUCUAUCUUCUGAACAAUCUGGUGAUUUGUCUACUGUCUUUGACUUUGGGGGCAUUUUUGGUGGUAUAAUAGCAGGUGUUAUAUCUGACAUUACUGGAGGGAGAGCAACUGUUUGUCUAGUCAUGCUGAUUAUUGCAGCACCAGUGUUAUUCAUUUACAAUGCAUAUGGGACAGUGACCUGGGCUUUCAACAUAUUCCUCUUAUUUACCUGUGGUUUCUUUGUCAAUGGUCCUUAUGCCCUGAUAACAACUGCAGUGUCAGCAGACCUGGGCACUCACAAGAGUCUGAAGGGGAAUGCCAAAGCUCUGGCCACUGUCACAGCUAUUAUAGACGGAACUGGGUCUAUGGGCGCUGCACUUGGUCCUCUACUCACAGGUCUUAUCACUCAGGGAGAAAGGAAAGACGCCUGGAAGGAUGUUUUCUAUAUGCUCAUUGCUGCUGAUGUGGCUGCUCUACUGCUCCUCUUUCGGCUUGUAUAUAGAGAAUUCAGUGGUUGGUGUCGACGUAGGGAAGUGGAGUUAUGAUCGAACAUCCUGACCUUGGAUGACCUUGAAUGAAGAUGAAUGCAGUAAAUGGUGACCUCUACCUUUAAUAUCACUUUCAAGGUGCAAUCAUUAUUGAAUAUCUCCCUGGCAUUCAACAAUCAGAGAGUUUUUCCUCUAACCUCAGACAUUUCUGUCUCACUGUAAUUUGUCAAUUUUUUUUUCAACCACAAAAUCAUCUGCUAAGUGUUUUAUUUGUGGAUUUGAAGCGAUUGUGGUUUUUAUUCACAUGAACCAAACUAAAAGGUGGUUUUAUUCAAUAUUGUUUAAGCGAUUUAGACAAGACAAAAAUAUUAAAAUGUAGAGUAAUGAAAUCUGAAGUAUAUUGAUAGCCCCCUUCCUCACCCCCACCCCUCCCCAAAAGUUCUUAAAAAUAAAGUUAAUUGAUCAGUGACAGAGAAAAGACAUUACUACAAAGGCAGUGUUCAAAAUUUUUUAAUCUUACUUUCUAAAAUUGUGAUAUUUUUUUAAAUUCAAAUGAACUAGUUUCUCAUUUGGGGGUAGAGUUUCUUAGGUCACAGCAAUAAGUGGAAAUGAGCCAUUUUUAUUUUAAAUUGUAGAUUACAAGCAGGUCUAGAAGGAAUUUACUUUACAUAUUUUGUGUUUUAGUGUGUUUUUAUCUUUUUUUUAAAGAUAUUUAACCAUUUUAUCAAAAAAUAAUUCACCCUUUUAACCUAGAUCACAGCAUUGAAAUAUUUGAACAAGUGAAACACAUUCACCCCAUUUCCAUAGAUUAGAUCGACCUACUUUAGAUCGA